UUAGAUCCUGGAACAACAGAUAUCCCUAUUGAUGUACGUUUUCUCGUACAUAUGCCCCACUAUCAUAAAGAUUAUUGUUAUUAUUAUUCAAACAUUAGUCACAGCUCGGCGGACAGAAUCUUUGGUAAUAUUCUAGUGCCGGCCCUGCAUUUUGGCCAUCAAUUACAGUUUACUGGCGUAACCGGCUGGGUUUUUUUGCGAAAUGCGGACUGAAAUGUGGCCAGAGACAUUCAGAGUGCUGCUAGGAGCCCUUUUGGUGUGGUUCUCUUGUUUGGAGCUGACAGUGGAGGCCAAGGUGCGUAUGAGUGAUGCGAAGAGAGAAAUGAUGAUUGAUGUUUGCCUUCGAGCAGAACGACUUUGAGCUGCAAGUCGAUAACUUCACCUGCAGCAGCCAGGACACGGACUACCGCAUUCUGAAGGAGUUCCGAUGCGGCCUGAACAAGAACGCCAAGCGUCGGAGCUGGUACAUGGAGUUCAAGCUCCAGGAAGUGACCAGCGAGCACGAGGUCUUCAUGACGAUCGUCCUGCCCCGCCGCAAACCCAUGACUGAGUUUGUCCUCCUCAACCUCACCACCGACGGCUGCCAGCUGCUCUCAAACCGCAACCAGGUGCCGCUCAUGCGCCUCGGCCGCAACAUCAUGGAGCGCUUUAGCAACUUCCCCAAGCAGUGCCCCUUCGAGGGCGAUGUCAUCUACUAUAUACGCGGCUUCCGCUUGGAUCUCAGCCUCCUGCCUGCCGUCGAGAUGGAAACCCCGGUCCACAUACAAUUCGGAUACCAGGCCAAGUUGCAGGGUGUACUAUGGCUUCAGGGCAACCUGGCAGCGCGUGUGCAACGGAUGAGCGAAAAGAAGCGCUCCAAGAAAUCAUAAAUGGCAACAUAUAAGGGGAAAAAACAUGUGUAUAUUAAAAACAUGAAGCUUAGUUAACCGCAACGUCUAACCCUUAAAAUCUAUAUGUAUAA